UCUCUCUUUGUGGUCAGUGUAUGAAUUGAAAACCGAAGACAUGCUUUAACACGUGCCUUCUCAAUCUCACUGUUUUCAAACACUUUUCAUUGACUCAGUUACUUCUUCUUCAUUUUGUUCUCAGUUCUGAACCAACCUCUCAAGAGAGAGAGAGAGAAAAAAGAGUUUUUGUUUUCAAUGAAAGGGGAAGUAAAAAUGAAGUCAAAGAUGAAAUGGGUUGGUCUAAUUGGGAUUGUUCUAUCAGCUUUCUCAAUCUUCAUACACUUUCUACUUGCUAGAUUCACUGAACUUGGUGUUUCAGAUUAUCAAUCGUCAAUCACUAUCUUCUCUUGGAGACCCAUCUUUGAUAAACCAGAUUUUCCCACUAAUAGUGCUUCAUAUAGAAGAUUAUGGGGUCCAGUAAAGCGUCUUGAAUCUUUAUAUCCUGAUUCAAAUCCAAGAGGGGAUUAUUCUGAUCCUGGUUCACAAACAAACGGGUUUAUUUUUGUCCGGAUACAAGGUGGUUUUCAUGAGAUCAGGAAUUCGAUAUGCGAUGUGGUUGCGAUUUCUAGACUUCUUAAUGCUACAUUAGCAAUGCCUGAAAUCCAAUCAACAACAAGCAGCAAAGGGAUAAGCUCUCAGUUCAAGAGUUUUGCGUACUUAUAUAAUGAGGACCAAUUUAUAUUCUCAUUAGCAAAAGAUGUAAAAGUUGUGAGAACUCUUCCGAAAUAUCUAAAGGGUGCUAGGAGAAAGAAGGAGAUUCCUGUAUUUAAAGUGCCACAUUCGGCAUCGCCUUUUUAUUACUUGCGUCAUGUUCUUCCGGUACUAAAGAAGCAUUCAGUGGUUGAACUAGUUGUUUCCAAUGGUGGAUGCUUGCAGGCUAUUCUUCCUCCCUAUUUUGAAGAAUAUCAAAGGCUGAGAUGCCGAGUUUCUUUUCACGCUCUUCAAUUCCGACAAGAAGUCCAGGAACUUUCCGCUAAGAUUUUGCAGAGGUUACGAGCUCCUAGUCGUCCGUUCAUUGCCUUUGAUCCUGGCAUGACUAGAGAGUCUUUAGCUUAUCAUGGUUGUGCCGAACUUUUCCAGGAUGUGCAUACCGAACUCAUUCAACACAAAAGAUCUUGGAUGAUAAAACGUGGGAUCGUCAAAGGGAAGCUUUCAGUCAACUCAGCCGAAGCAAGACUUAAUGGAUCCUGUCCUUUAAUGCCUGAGGAGAUUGGUAUUCUUCUGCGUGCCUACGGAUACUCGAAGGAUGCAAUUAUAUAUGUAUCUGGAGGAGAAGUCUUUGGUGGUCAAAGAACAUUGAUUCCUCUUCACGCAAUGUUUGAUAACGUUGUUGACAGAACUUCUCUUAGUACUCCUUGGGAGAUGAUUAAGAUCUAUGGAAAAGAGGUUAACCUUGUUAAUCCACCUCCUGGACCACCGCCUUUUGAAGAAGUGAAAAAGCUUGCGGCUUGGAAGAAUGCCGGUCCACGUCCCCGCCCACUUCCUCCCCCUCCAGCACGGCCAAAAUCGUAUAAUAUAGAGGGUUGGUGGGGUUGGGUAGCUGAGAGCGAUAAUGAACCUGAUAGUACAGUUAUGGAACUGAGGACUAAUGCACAUAAAUUACUAUGGGAGGCUAUUGAUUAUUUGAUUUGUGUAGAGGCUGAUGUGUUCAUCCCUGGAUUUGAUCGUGAUGGGAAGGGCCAUUCAAAUUUUGCUAGCUUAGUGAUGGGGCAUCGGCUAUAUCAGUCAGCUGCAUCAAAGACAUUUAGACCUGACAGAAAGGAAGCUGCUAAACUUGUAGAUGAGAUUCGUGACCACAUGUAUCAAGCAAAUCGUACGUGGCUAAAAUCAGUUCGCAGGCAUUUGCGAAAAACAUUACUCGAUGGAAUAAUAGAAGCAUCAAGUAAAUCAAAACCAUUAUCCUUUCUCUCUCAUCCAGUCCCCGAAUGUUCUUGUUCGCGGCACGACACCUCCUUUGAAGCAUCAAAGAAUUCUUCAAGUAAAUUAUCUUCCCAAGUAUCGACAACACUAGGUGUUACUCACCAGUGUCCUGCGUGGAUGGACACUGGUCCAAUUUCUCAAUUGAAAGAUAAGGAAAAUGAAGAUGAUGGUGAUGAGGAUGAUUCUUUAUCUGGUUUAUUCUUUAGACAAAGUGGUGGAAAUAAUGAAGGUGACGGAGAUGUAAACGCCAAAGAAGAAAAUCAAUUUGAGGAUCAAGAAGAGCUCGAGGGUGGCGAAAAAUGACAUCCAAGAGAAUGUGUUGAUGGUUCAUCUGACGAUUGAUAAUGGUUUCACACUCUCCAGAAUCAUGUACAUAAUUGGUUGUUGCUUCCAACUGCUGCAUGCCGGAUAUAGUUUUCGGCGAGGAAAGGAGUAACGCCAUUAAUAUCCGGCCUUACUCAGGAAACCUCCUCCCUACGUUACUAAAAAAACCACACAUGAUUUCAGACAUACACAUCGAACAGCAGAAACUGUUUUCUUUUUGGAUGUGCACUUCUGACGUGACUUUAGGGGUGAGAAAAGUAGAGUCAAUAUAGAAUAACAUAGGUGGUUUUUUGUGGCUAAUUUGGCUCAAGGUCUCAAAUACAUGCUAAUUUAUUGACAAAUCAAUUUUGAUGUAACUUUGCAUGAUCCUCUUAGUUAAUAGUAGGUUUUAGUUCAGAUUGAAUUCUUUGCUAGGAUAACUACUAUGUAGCACUGAGGAGAACUCAAAUCCAAUUUUGUAUCUGAUGAGAGUAGUAAUUCAUCCUUUUCAUUUAUUGACUGAAAAGAACUAAGAAAUGGGACUGUGGUACUGUAAACUUUCUUCUA